AUGGGUUCCACGCUUCCUCAGACUAUGAAGGCUCUUCGCUAUGACAAGCCAGAGUCGCACAGCAUCGCCGAGGUCCCGUUGCCUGAGCUCCGUGACAACGAUGUCCUGAUCAAAGUCAAGGCCUGCGGUGUCUGCGGAACCGAUCUGCAUAUCCACGAGGGUGAAUUCAUCGCAAAGUUCCCCCUCGUCCCCGGUCACGAAACCGUCGGUGUCGUCGCCGCCGUCGGCCCCAAAGUCAAGGGCUUCAACAUCGGUGACCGCGUCGUCGCCGACAACUCUGAGCUCUGCGGCGAGUGCUUCUAUUGCCGUCGCGGCGAUGAGCUGUUCUGCGAACACUUCGAGGCUCACGGCGUCACCAUGAACGGUGGCUUUGCUGAAUAUUGCGCAUACCCUGCUGGCAGGGUAUUCAAGAUCAAGAACCUCUCGGAUGUGGAUGCCACGUUGUUGGAGCCGGCCAGCUGUGCCGCGCAUGGUUUGGAUAAGAUUGCGCCCAAGAUGGGGUCGUCGGUGUUGUUGUUUGGAGCUGGGCCGACUGGUUUGAUCCUGGCUCAGUUGCUCCGCCAAUGCGGUGGCUGCCGCGUGGUGGUUGUUGCUCCUGAGGGAUUGAAGAUGGAUCUGGCCAAGUCGCUGGAGGCAGGUGACGAGUAUGUUGCGCUGUCGCGACAGGAUCCUAGCGCGCAAUUCCAGAAGCUGAAGGAGGAGAACCCCUAUGGGUUUGACAUUGUUGUUGAGGCCACGGGUAGUGUUAAGAUCCUGGAAGACUCGAUCAACUAUGUCCGCAGAGGUGGAAAGCUGGUGGUGUAUGGUGUUUAUUCCAACAAGGACCGCGUGUCUUGGCCUCCUAGCAAGAUCUUUGGUGAUGAGAUUACCAUCCUGGGUAGCUUCUCUGAAGUGUACAAGUUCCCUGCGGCGAUUGACUACCUCGACUCCGGCAAGGUCAAGGUCAAGGGCAUCGUCAACAAGACGUUCAAGAUUGAUCAGUGGGAGGAGUGUCUGGCGGCGAUGAAGAACAAGACGGCCAUUAAGGCGGCGAUUACUUUCGAUUAA